UUGAAUAUUUGAAUGUGCCUCCUCUGCUUGUUCUGCGUCUCCCAUUUGGCACCACACCUUGAACGUACUAGUCUAAGCUACAUUGCAGCUGCCAGCUGUCCUGUACAGCCCACAACGCACUCUCGCCCCGAAUCUCGAGAUCAGACUGGGAAGGACUGUACACAACCUGUACAUCGCCUGCGGUAAUUGGCAGCCAACGCGAUGUCCAGCUCAACCUCCAAGCUGCUCAUCCCCCUCCAUGUACAGUACAUACAGUCCCUCGGUGAGAGUAAAGAUGACCUGCUCUACCACCUCACCGCGCACCUGCGGAUGAACGCCAUCUACUGGGGGCUCACCGCGCUCAACAUCAUGCAGCACAAGGACGCGCUCAGCCGCACCGAGAUGAUCGACUUCGUCGUGAGCUGCUGGGACGACGAGGCAGGCGCGUUCGGCGCGCACCCGGACCACGACGCGCACCUGCACGCGACGCUCAGCGCGAUCCAGAUCCUCAUCAUGCAGGAUGCGCUGGACAGGGUGGACGUCGACCGCGUAGUCAAGUUCAUACUCUCGCUCCAGCAGCCCUCUGGCGUGUUCGCGGGUGACCAGUGGGGCGAGGUCGACACGCGCUUCCUCUACUGCGCCGUCAACGCGCUCUCGCUCCUCGGCCGGCUGCACGAGCUCGACGUCGAGAAGACCGUUGGGUACCUCCGCCAGUGCAGGAACUUCGACGGCGGGUUCGGGGCCGUCGCAGGCGCAGAGAGCCAUGCAGCGAUGGUGUUCGUGUGCACGGCGGCGCUGGCGAUCCUUGACAGGCUCGACGAGAUCGACCAGGAGACGCUCGGCUGGUGGCUCGCGGAGCGACAGCUGCCUAAUGGUGGGCUGAACGGGCGGCCAGAGAAGCUCGAGGACGUCUGCUACAGCUUCUGGGUCCUCUCGUCGAUGUCGAUCCUUAAGAAGAUUAGAUGGGUCGAUGCAGACAAGCUCAUAGGCUUCAUCCUUUCAGCGCAGGAAACUGAGCACGGUGGCAUCGCCGACAGGCCAGGCGACCAGCCCGACGUUUUCCACACGCACUUCGGUGUAGCAGGUCUGUCGCUGCUAGGCUACCCCGGCCUGGCAGAUCUCGACCCUGUCUACUGCAUGCCUGCGAAGAUCAUCGAGCGCAUGGGGCUGAGGAGGGAUUGGGAGGCGCUACCGAGGAAGACAGAGUGACCUGUAUUCAGCUCAGUAUUGCAUCCUGAGCUGGCAGACUACGUGAAGAUAGACGAAAUGUAAGAUACGUUGCUGAAGGAUCGUAUCGGUGCCUUUUCAAUA